GCUUUUGGAAUCAGAUUUAAAUUUAAAAACAGGUUUAUCAUUUCCUUCUUCUGUCAAGGAAAUUCAAGUAGGGUCUAUUUUCAAUUAGCCUGAAAAUUUCAACUAAACAUGGAGUUAUUGUGACAUUAAGCCAAUAAAGUAAAGUCCAUUCAUCAACCUGUUAAUCAAAACUCAACUUCUUUGGACUUCAAUACGCGAUGGGUGUCAACAUGUUUAAAGUACAGAAAGUCCGAAUCAAAGUUUUCUGCGCAAAGAACAUAUGCAAGCGGGAUUUUUUUCGUCUUCCAGACCCCUUCGCUAAAAUAUUAGUAGACGGGUCAGGUCAAUGUCACGCCACCGGAACUUGCAAAGCUACUUUGGACCCGAAAUGGAAUCAACACUACGAUCUGUACGUUGGGAAGUCAGACAGUAUCACGAUAUCUGUAUGGAACCACAGAAAGGUGCAUAAGAAACACGGGGCUGGUUUCCUCGGAUGCAUACGCAUCAUGUCGAACGCCAUAAACCGACUGAAAGACACAGGAUAUCAGCGUCUCGACCUCUGCAAGCAAACCAAGUACGACCAGGAACCCGUGAGAGGUCAGAUAGUAGUCAGCAUCGAAAGUCGUGAUUUGGACGACCGUUCGCCCUCCAACCCAGUCAUAGACGCCAGGUCCCUGAUCCCUGCCCAGGAAAAUGACCUUCCGGAAGGCUGGGAGGCAAGGAUGACCAAUGGACGACUUCAAUACAUCGACCAUUACACAAGAACGACACAGUGGGAGCGACCAACCCAACCCAGCACUCGCCCUCGUCGUCCACUCAGCGCUCUCAUCAUAUCUGAGCCUGACCAACACCAAAGACCCCGAAUCUCAAGCAGCAGUGGUAGCUCCGGUCCACGCAACUCAUCCAGUCCAUCAGUACCAGGCGAGUCCGACUCGACGAGGUUCCGGCGACACAAAAACUACAUGACCCGUAACCAGUUACACGGGCCCUCUGCUCCCCUGCCUGAGGGUUAUGAGCAACGGACUACCCAACAGGGACAAGUCUAUUUCCUUCAUACCCAGACCGGGGUUUCGUCGUGGCACGACCCGCGCAUACCCAGGAACUUGAGCCACAUUAACCCUGAAGACUUAGGUCCAUUGCCAUCGGGCUGGGAAUUACGCUCGACCGCCACAGGUCGACUAUAUUAUGUGGACCACUCGAGCCGGACCACCCAGUUCACCGACCCUCGUAUUGGCCGUUAUAUUGGACAGAUGCACAACAGAGGAAGGGACGGACCCAAUGAAGAAUGCGACCAAGAUCCUCAACUGCCACGUUAUAAACGCGAUUUAGUUCAUAAACUUAAAGUUCUUCGAACGGAGUUGCAAUCCCAACAACCUCAGACUGGACAUUGUCGAUUGGAAAUCAAACGUUCGGAGGCGUUUGAGCAGUCCUACAGCCUCAUUAUGAAAAUGAAACCUAAAGAUCUAAAGAAACGACUUAUGGUUAAGUUUACCGGUGAAGAUGGUUUAGAUUACGGUGGACUAGCAAGGGAGUGGCUGUACAUUCUAUCCCAUGAAAUGCUUAACCCCUACUACGGCUUAUUUCAGUAUUCCCGCGAAGAUAUCUACACUCUUCAAAUCAACGCCGAUUCCCAUAUCAACCCUGACCACCUUUCCUACUUCCAUUUCGUGGGUCGUAUAUUGGGCAUGGCGGUCUACCACGGCCACUACAUAGACGGUGGCUUCACCAUGCUAUUCUAUAAGCAGCUGCUAGGAAAACCUAUCUCACUGGAAGAUAUGGAAGAGGUCGAUCCAGCAUUGUACAAGUCAAUGAAGUGGAUUCUACAAAACGAUAUAAACGGAGUGCUCGACCACACGUUCUGUGUUGACCAAGAUUCAUUCGGUGAACGCGUAACCCACGAGUUAAAACCAAACGGGGUAAACAUACCCGUCACCGAGCAAAACAAACGAGAAUACGUCAAGUUGUAUGUGAACUGGAGGUUUCUCCGAGGCAUCGAAGCUCAGUUCUUAUCUCUUUCAAAGGGAUUCUACGAGCUUAUUCCUCAACAUCUUUUGCGUCCUUUUGAUGAGCGGGAGCUGGAGCUGAUCAUCGGAGGACUCGGGAAGAUUGACCUCAUUGAUUGGAAGAAACACACUAAGCUGAAGCAUUGCUCACAAGACUCAAACAUCGUCAAAUGGUUUUGGCAAGCUGUGGAGAGUUUUGAUGAAGAAAAAAGAGCAAGAGUGCUGCAGUUCGUAACUGGUUCAUCGCGGGUUCCACUACAAGGUUUUAAAGCGUUACAAGGUUCAACUGGUACACAAGGUCCACGGUUGUUCACCAUUCAAUUUGUUGACAAUAAAACCGACUGCUUACCGAAAGCCCAUACUUGUUUUAACCGGAUCGACCUCCCACCUUACGAAUCGUAUAAAAAGCUACUUGAAAAGCUCACCUGCGCUGUUGAAAACACAUGUGGAUUCUACACCGAGUAAUAAAGGGUCUACCAUGGAAAAGUCAGAGUUGCAGUGUUAAAUCAAUGCUUGACUAAAGACACACUUUCAAUAGAACGAAAAAUGUUUUAUGACCGAUUUAAAUACGGAACCCCUGAUCCAAGGUGCUAACAAUAUCAAUGGAAACUCAGCUUAACCUCCCGCUCAGCUUAAUUUAAAAUUUGCGCGAAGCUUGCGCCAACUACCUCAUUGUACAUAGACCACGGUCGACAAUCACUUUAAGAAAAUUCAGUCGCGCCUGCUAAUUUAUGUAUGUGACGUAAUUCUCGCAAACUUUACAUGAUUCCACACUCAACAACGAAUGUGCCAGCGUUCAUAAUUAUACUUUCACUUUACCCGUUCUGUACUUUUAAUUAAAUGACCACUUGCAAGUUUUUUUGAGCCUGUCUUGGUCACCGCGUGAAUAUUCGUGACGAAUCAUAUGAAAACUAUAGUCACGUGCCUGAAUUUCGGUAUUUUCGUUACAUCUGAACUUAACAGUUUGGUUUACAAAAACUGAUCAGCAUACUUGUUUUCUAUGUUUGUUCCGAAAACUCGUCGAUUUUCCUGCACUUCGUUUCUCUAUCAAGAUAUGAAUGUCUCUCAUCUUCCGCGAUUUCUUUUUUUUCCAAGUUAUGGAAACACCUUCAAUCGUUUCUUUUCACUUGUUGACGUUGUGUGCAGAAAAGAGCACCAAGCGAAUGUCUAACGCGAGAUUUCAGUGUUACCGCCCCCUAUUUUCUUGUAUCAAGUGUAAACAAUCUUUAUUCUUAUUACUUAUUAUUACGUUGCGCGGUGCCGCAGGAGCAUUUAAUAAAUCGACAUUUGUUUCUUGAA